ACACCGACACCCGAGACUAGACCGAACCGGCUUGCGGGGAGCUGCCCCCCCGGCCCCGUCCCGGCUUUAGGUAGGGUCCCCGGGAUGUCGAGUCCACCCUAAAAACGAAUGAUCAAAUCAAAAGGUGCGAACAAUGAUUAGCGUGGGGUGAGGAAACUGAAGCAGAAGAAAAUAUGUUACGAAUGGGAACUAGCCUCUUAUGCAGUUGAUCGACAGGAGUCCAAUACAACCUGCGCACCUCACGAUGCCCAUCAAAUCCCUUGCCCAUCCCCCAAAAGCAAAACUUCCCCUGACACUCAAAAACGCCGCGACCAUGUUUUUGUGCCGCCCAGAAUCCUCAAAACCUGGAGUCUCUCAUUAUUCUCUUCCCCAGGUUUUCUGACAUCGCGUCACCACUUCCCAGUCAUGGCAGAUUCCGAUGAUUCCAAGUCCGUCCUGCCCGGCAUCCCGGGUUACGACCCUGACAACCUGCAGCCAUGGACUCUCGCUACCGUCGUGUCGGUCACGGUUCUUUCCACCGUCUCAGUCCUCCUGCGCCUCUGGGCUCGAUAUAUCAAGGCCCAAAAGCUGUGGUGGGAUGACUGGAUGAUUUUAUUUUCUCAGUUAUGGAACUUUGUCACGGUUGGCUUCAUCUUUGCCAUGUAUUCGGCCGGCAUGGGCAUUCACGCCGACAAAGUGCCCAUGGAAAAGAUUGUCCUCAUGGCCAAGUUCCUCGUCGUCGCCGAGAUUUUAUACGCCUUUAACCUCGUCUUCACCAAGAUGGCCAUUCUCUUCAUGUACUACCGCAUCUUUCGCUUCCCUUACUUCAAGAAGAUGGCCUGGGGCAUCAGCGCCUUCAUUAUCGCCUGGGUCAUCACCAUCACCUUCCUCUUCAUCUUCAUCUGCGUUCCUGUCGAAAAGCUGUGGUAUCCACACCUGCCAGGCCGCUGCAUCAACCAGGUUGGGACGUGGAUCGCCAAUGCCAUCUCCACCAUCGUGUCUGACAUUGCCAUUCUCGUGCUGCCUAUCCCUCAGGUGUGGAAGUUGCAGCUGCGGCAGUCUGAAAAGAUUGGUGUGACGGUGGCUUUCUGCUUGGGUUUCUUCGUCGUUUUUGCCUCGGCGUACCGAACCACGGUGCUUUUCACCUACACCAACGACGACCCAUCGUACUCCCUCGCACCGACUGUCGGCUGGACCGCCAUCGAAAUGUCUGCAGGCAUCAUCUCGGCAAACCUGCCCACCCUCGCCCCCAUCAUGAGCCUGAUCUUGACAAGGAUGGGCAUCUCGGGAACCCUCAUCACAGGCGGCAGCGGCAGCGGAAGCAAGAACGGCUUUUCCUCCAAGAACAACUUCGGCGGCACUGGUGGAGGCAACAUGAAGUCGACGGGGUCAGUCAGCGACCGGACUGAGUCUGGCGGCGAGCUGCGAAAAGACGGCGACAGAGCCUUUUACCGUCUGCCCGACGACUCGAAUAUCAGCGAGACGGCACUCGACACUGGAAGGACGGCGACGCUCACGCGCGACGAUACUGGGUUGCGGCCGGAUCAUGGCUAUGCUUAUACGGUAACGAGUCGACCAGGGAAACAGGGGGACAGUGAGAGCAUGAGUGGAGACGAGGUUCCCUUGAAGGGAAUCAGGGUGCACACGGAUUUCAAGCAGUCAGCAGACUAA